CGUGACACACCUCAAUUGCUGAUCUUAGACAGAGUGAACUUGACUGGCUGUUCGGGCACUCACUACAAGAGGAAGCUGGUUUCCCUGCAACAAGCUUCCCUUCUGGACACGGACAUACAUAAUGGCAACAGCAGGAAAAGUGAUCAAGUGCAAGGCAGCGGUGGCCUGGGAGGCAGGGAAGCCUCUGUCCCUUGAGGAGGUGGAGGUGGCCCCACCCAAAGCCCAUGAAGUUCGAAUAAAGAUCCACUUCACCGCGGUGUGCCACACUGAUGCCUACACCCUGAGCGGGGCGGAUCCCGAGGGCCUCUUCCCCGCCAUCCUGGGGCACGAGGGAGCCGGAAAGGUGGAGAGCGUGGGAGAGGGCGUCACCAACUUCAAGCCAGGCGACACCGUCAUUCCAUUAUACGUGCCACAGUGCGGAGAGUGCAAGUUCUGUAAAAAUCCAAAGACCAACCUUUGUCAGAAGAUCAGAAUCACCCAGGGCCAGGGGCUGAUGCCUGAUAAGACCUCCCGCUUCACCUGUAAGGGCAAGCAGCUGUUCCACUUCAUGGGGACCAGCACCUUCUCUGAGUACACCGUGGUGGCGGACAUCUCCCUGGCCAAGGUGGAUGAGAAGGCUCCAAUGGAUAAAGUGUGCCUGUUGGGCUGUGGCAUCUCCACUGGCUACGGAGCUGCUCUAAACACUGCUGGGGUUGAACCUGGAUCCACGUGUGCCGUCUUCGGGCUUGGAGCUGUGGGACUUGCAGCCAUAAUGGGUUGCAAAGUAGCUGGGGCAACCAGAAUCAUCGGCGUUGAUCUCAAUCCAUCAAAAUUUGAAAGUGCCAAGAGCUUUGGAGCUACUGAGUGUGUCAACCCCAAAGAUCACAGCAAGCCCAUCCAGGAAGUGCUGGUUGAGAUGACUGACGGAGGGGUGGACUACUCCUUUGAGUGCAUCGGAACAAAUGUACAUUUACAGAGGGCUGCACUGGAGGCCUGUCAUAAGGGCUGGGGCACCAGUGUUAUUCUAGGGGUGGCAGGAGCCGGGCAGGAGAUCUCCACCAGACCCUUCCAACUGGUCACCGGGCGCACCUGGAAGGGCUCCGCUUUUGGGGGCUGGAAGAGUGUGGAGAGUGUUCCCAGGCUGGUGAAUGAUUACAUGACCAAAAAGCUGAAGGUGGAUGAGUUCAUCACUCACACACUGCCCUUCACCCAGAUCAACGAGGCCUUUGAUCUCAUGCACCACGGAAAGAGUCUACGUGCCGUCCUACAAUUCUGAAGUACCUGACACUAACCGCUGACAAGUGUCACAUCACCACAUCUGGUCCUCAUAAGGCCAGACAUUCAGUAUUUAAAAAGGGUAUCUCUUGGAUUAUGGACUUGCUGUUUGUACCAUAUAGGCUGUUUGUCUAAGAAGACUAUUAAAGAAAAUCAAUGCAUCUUG